AUGGGCUCCCGGCUGAGCCGGCAGAGCAGCCUGGAGGAGGAGAGCGGCGACGAGCCCUGCCCCAGGCUGGAGAGCGGCCGCGGCGACUUCCACCUCUCGUCGCUGCUCCUGCACCCGCAGAAGCUGCCCGGGGUGCUGCGGAAAGCCUCGCCCGCUCCCUACGUGCGGAGAGUGGGGUGGCUGCGGGAGAUCCAGGCCACCAUCCGGGAGCACAAGCGGGAGCACGCCGUGCACAUCCUCCGGCUGCUGAGGAAGGACCUAGGACUGGAAGGAACAUUUCUCAAUGAAGUGCUCUACAAAAAUGCAACUUUCCUCAACUUGGUGGAUCCCAUCUCCCAUGACCUGCUGAUGAGCCUUGCCAGAGAUCUGCAAUGUCCCAAAAAGGAAUAUGACCCCUGGAAAUCCUCGGACAGGAUCUGCAGGCAGCUGAUUUACCACCUCACCCCGCACUCCAAAUGGCACCGGCACGGGAUGCCCCGCAGGAAGUCCCAAGUGUGCCUGAAGACCAGCCUGCAGAAGAAGGUGAGCCAGGACUCCAUGGAUCUGUCAGGGAUCCCCCUGACCAUGCGGGAUGUCCACCGCAUGGCCUACUACCUGCAGAACAACGGGGAGCACCUCACCUCGGUGGACCUGAGCUUCACGGAGCUCAACGACGACAUGAUGCGCCUGCUGCUGCCCUUCCUCUGGGCGCUGCCCAAGCUCACCCACCUGUCCCUCAACGGCAACCGCCUGACGCGGGCCACCAUGAAGGAGCUCACUGACACCAUGAAGGACAUGAACAAGUUCCCUUGCCUGGCCUGGGUCGACCUCGGCAACAACGUGGACGUCUCGUCCAUGCCGCAGCCGCUGCUGGUGGGGCUGCGCAAGCGCCUCAGCCAGCAGACCACGCUGCCGACCAUCUAUGAGGCGCUUGACUGCGACGCUGAGCUGGCCGGCGGGCACGAGGGCAGCCAGCCAGAGGAUGAGGCCGCCCCGCCACGUGCUCGUUCCCAGCAGGGCUGCGAGAGGUGA